GCGUGGGCAGUGUAUAAGGGGAAGUAUCGAGAGGGGAGGGACAAGGCAGACCCCACUUCCUGGAAGACUCGUCUCCGCUGUGCCCUCAACAAGAGCACAGACUUCCAGGAGGUCCCAGAGCACAGCCAGCUGGACGUCUCCGAGCCCUACAAGCCCUACUGCAUCCAGGCAGAGACAGAGACAGAGACAGGCAGAGACUCAGGUACCAGUAGCCUCCAUUUGCAGUCUCAUCAUUAAGUAUGAGUCUAGAGAGCUCAGAGCCCUUUAUGGGUUUAAAGUGUGAUUAAUUACUCUCUAACCCUCCUUCUCUCUCUCUCAGAAUCUCUUCAGACUGAGAGUCAGGUGAUAAUCCAGACCGUGAGCUCCAGUGCUCACCUGAGGAACACCGUCACACACCAUCCACAGGUAACGAAAUGGUUUUGUCUUCAAUUCUGUAUGACAGGUGCAUAGUUUCUGCCAUCUAGAGGAUAAUGUUUGCAAUAACUUUACAUUUACAUAGGGAUGAAGUUUGCACACUUGCACUGAAUGUUCCUUAACAAGUCAGAUGAUUUGCUGUGAAUAUGUGUGUCCCCUCAGUUUGGCUGCCAUAGGGAAUCAGAGGCAAGGGAUGGAAGAGUCAACCCCAGUGGUCAGUAUCAGCCUCCAUGUACAUGAGACUGGUAGCUGAAUAACUGAACAAUGUUGAAUCAGAUAUGAUAUGUGUUUGUGUUCUCUCCCAUCUAGGGGGUUUGGACCAUGUGUACUACUGUUCCAACACAGGAACUCCCCAGAUGGACAGCUCUGCUCCCUUUACCAUAUUCAGCCCCACAUUACAGAUCUCUGGUAAGACAAUUACACUGCAGGGUUAUUCAAAUUUGAGUGGGUUAAUGCUUGCUUGAUUGAUUGAUUGAAGGCCCAAUGUAGUCAAAAAUGUGAUUUUCCUGUGUUUUAUAUAUGUAUAUAUUUCCACACUAUGAGGUUGGAAUAAUACUGUGAAAUAGUAAAAAUGAUGAUAAUGCCCUUUUAGUGUAAGAGCUGUUUGAUAAGACCGCCUGAAAUGUCAGUCUAUUUUGGUGGGAUGGAGUUUUGGCCUGUCUGGUGACAUCACCAGGCGGUAAAUGAGUUAAUAGACCAAUAAGAAAGAGAGUUCCAAACCUCACAGCUAGUUUUCAGUUUUCCCCUCCCCACUCAAACCACUCCCAGACAGUUCUAGCAAAAUUCUUGCUUUAGAAUUGCUCUUUCCUAAGAAGCUAUUUUUGUUUAUUUUUGACCAUUUUAAUUGAAAACAAUCACAGUAAGGUACUUAAUUGUUAUCCAGAAAUGAUAUGAUAUUGAGAUAAAAAAGGGCUGCAUUUGGACCUUUAAUUAGUAUGUGUGUGUUUGCUUGGUUGCAUCUGUGUCCAGACUUCCGUGUGCGGGUGUGUCUGUUCUACCAGGACCAGCUGGUAGUGGAUGUGACCACCAGCACCCCAGAUGGCUGUUUCAUCCUGCAGGGUCAGGUGCCCCUGGGGAACGAGAGGAUCUAUGGCCCCUGCACAGCCCAACAGGUUCCCUUCCCCCCUCCAGGGGUCAUCCACCUGCCCCCCUGUAUCGCUGAGGCCAUGGGCCACCUGCUGCCCCACCUGCAGAGGGGCGUCCUGGUGUGGGUGGCUCCAGAUGGGGUGUUUAUCAAGAGGUUCUGCCAGGGCAGGGUGUACUGGAGUGGCCCUCUGGCCCAGCACACAGACAGGCCCAACAAGCUGAACAGAGAGAGGACCUGCAAGCUGCUGAAUACACCUAUAUUUCUGAAGGGUAGGGGCUUUACUAAUACAACUUCUGUGUAGCAAACAGAUGUGGUAUGGUGAGAUGGUGAACCUAGCUCCCUAUCUAUCCCUCUCUUAUUCUCUCUCCAUCCUUCUCCUUCUGUCUCUCCACCCCUCCCCUUCUCUCUGUCCACAGAGCUCCACGACUAUCUCAAGGGGGCGGGACCCAAACCUCGCUAUGAGAUUGACCUCUGCUUUGGGGAGGAGUUUCCUGACGCGAGCCCCCUGAAAACCAGGAAUCUGAUCAUUGCACAGGUGGCUAAUGGGAUGGGGUCAGGGGUCACUGUGCAUUAGGGAUUUCCUGUGCUACAGCAACUGACCCAUUGCCUAGAUUAGUGAGCCCCAUUAGGUCAACGCUGUACAGUAUGUUGAUUUUGUAAUUAUGUUUUUAGUCUAUACAAUGUUAUUAUAUUGUUAUAUAGUAUUAAUAUGAAAAAAGUUUUUCACUCUAUCAAUCCAGGUUGUUCCCUGCCAGUUGAGCAGUAAACUGUAGGUAUUCUAGCUACCAGCAGAGGUCCUCGUAGUCAUAGUCAGUGACAAUGUCUUCCUGUCUGUGUGUGUGUUGGUGUGCAGGUCGUGCCCCUGUUUGCUGUCGACCUACUGCAGAGGUGCCAGAGG